AUGGCGACUUUAGAAGCUCCAGAAGAGAGGCUGAGGAAGUUCAAGUAUCGAGGCAAAGAUGCAUCUGUGAGGCGGCAGCAGCGGAUAGCCGUCAGUCUGGAGCUCCGGAAGGCCAAGAAGGAGGAGCAGGCCUUAAAGAGAAGGAAUAUCACUGAUCUCUCCCCCGACCCAUCUUCUGAGAAACUGGCCAAAGGGGUGUGUCAGAGUGUCAGCCUCACCCUGGAUGAAAUAGUCAAUCAUGCAAGUGGCACAGACCCACGCCUAUGUUUCCAGGCCACCCAGGCAGCCAGGAAAAUGCUGUCUCGGGAAAGGAACCCUGCUCUAAAACUGAUCGUGGAAGCAGGGCUCGUUCCCAGGCUGGUGGAGUUCCUGAAGUCUUUCCUGUACCCCUGCUUGCAGUUCGAGGCAGCCUGGGCUCUGACCAACAUUGCUUCGGGGCCGUCAGAGUUGACCAGAGCUGUUGUGGAAGGAGGCGCCGUCUCGCCCUUGGUCGAGCUCCUGUCCUCCCCCGAUGUGGCUGUGUGUGAACAGGCAGUGUGGGCCCUUGGUAACAUAGCAGGUGACAGCCCAGAGCUCAGAGACAUUGUUAUCUCAAGCAAUGCAGUCCCGUAUCUGCUGGCCCUGGUUUCAUCAACCAUAUCAGUCACGUUUCUGCGUAACAUCACAUGGACCUUGUCCAACUUGUGCCGGUACAAGAACCCAUACCCUUGUGCGAAGGCGGUGAAGCAAAUGCUACCUGUCCUUCUCUGCCUCCUGCAACACCAUGACACGGAGAUUCUCUCGGACACCUGCUGGGCCCUGUCCUACCUCACUGAAGGCUGCAAUGAACGCAUUGGCCAAGUGGUUGGCACGGGGGUCCUGCCCAGGCUGGUGGAGCUCAUGACCAGCUCAGAACUCACCGUCUUGAUCCCUUCUCUCCGCACGGUGGGGAACAUAGUGACGGGAACUGAUCAGCAGACCCAGGCGGCCAUUGACGCAGGCGUGCUCAGAGUGCUGCCCCAGCUUCUACUGCACCCCAGGUCCUCCAUCCAGAAGGAAGCGGCCUGGACCCUGAGCAACGUGGCCGCGGGGCCCAGCCAGCAAAUCCAGCAGCUGAUCGCUCACGGUGCGCUGCCUCCCUUGGUGGCUUUGCUGAAAAACGGAGAAUUUAAAGUCCAGAAAGAGGCUGUCUGGACGGUGGCAAACUUCACAACUGGGGGUACUGUGGAACAAUUGAUCCAGCUUGUCCAGUCUGGAGUCUUGGAGCCACUGGUAAAUCUGCUCACUGUCCAAGACCCCAAAAUUGUUCUCAUCAUCCUUGAUAUCAUCUCUUACAUUCUCCAGGCAGCAGAGAAACUUUUCGAGAAGGAGAAGUUAUGUCUUCUGCUAGAAGAACUCGGUGGGAUUGAUAAAAUUGAGGCCUUACAACAUCAUGAGAACCCUCAGAUAGGCCAGACUGCUUUGAGCAUUAUUGAGAACCACUUUUUUGAGCCACGUAGUAGGUGGCCGAUGUUGGCUGAGCAAACGCUAAAUGUAGAAAGCAUUAGCUACCAUUCAGGUCCCCUCUGUACAGGCUGUGGUGAGAUGACUAUUUCGUGCAUCUACUUAGAUGACAACAGCAAUUACGUGUUAAUGAGUAAACAAGAUGCCUCUUGGGCACUUCCUGCCAUUCUGGCAACUUCCAUACGGGGAAAUCAGAGCGCAGGAGUUGCGGAGAACACACACCUAACGGACUUUGUCUCUGACAAGUCCCUCCCGUAUCUAAACACAAAAUACGCUACUGAAUGUCUGCUGGUGCAAGCUUGUGAGGAGUCCCGGGCCUGGAGUCAGAGACCUGGGAAAUCGGUUCCUUUCUCGGAACCUCACGUCCGCAUUUGCACGUCGGCUCCCUGGGAACCGUCGCGGACACUGGAGGCGCCGGGGCGCGGGCAGCGCCGUCACCCGCCUGUGGCGGACGCCGCGCGGUCCCCUCGCAGCCUCGCCGCCGAGGAAGGGGCGCGCCGGGCGCACUCCACGCCCAGCGCCGCUUCCCCUCCUGCAGGGCGCGGGCGAAGCCCCCAGGCCGGGCGCCCAGGAGGCCGAGCUGCUGACGUAGGCGCGCGCCCCGCCCCGCCCCGGCGUGCCCCGCCCCGGCGUGCCCCGCGGGCGCGCGCACGCAAACGGGCGCGGGGGCGCACGGCCCGGGCGCGCGCAGGGCCGGGCCGGCACAGCGGCGAGAGCGCGCGCGGCUCCGGGAGGCGGUGGCGGCGGCGGAAGCGGCGAGGGCGGCGGGCGUCCGGCUCUGAGGUGCGAGCGAGGGCCGGGGGGCGCUGGGGCGAGUGCCGAUCCCCCGGCUCGACCAUCCGCCUGCCGCCCGGACGCCUGGGCCGCGGAGUUUGUGUGCCGGCUCGGACCCCGGCGCCCAGCCCGGAGCCGUAA